UUCUCUCUAGAAUUCUGUUCUUAUCUGUUGAUUUCCAGUAGUUAGGGUAAGCCCCCUAACACACUUGUUGAUGGUGGUGGUUCCAGUGACCUUUAAUCAUCAUCGUCAUCAACCAUUGCAAUCACAACAAUACACCAAGUAGAAAAUGGAAGAAGUAUUUAAUCUGCGUGAGCUUUUCUAGUCAGCUAGCAACCAGAGUCCACAGGCUGCAACUCAGUGUGGUAUAUUUUUACAGAGCGUGCAGUCAGCGUCAUCGACCAUGCAAUCACAACGAUACAUCAGGAGGGAAAUGGAAGGAAGUGUUGAAGCUGGACCACAUGACAUAGAAAACCCGUACGUUGUAUUAGAAAAUUCAUUGAUAGAGGAGGUGGGUAGAUUGUCCCCCAUAUCCAAUUCGCGUUGUAUAUACCGGGUUCCUAAUCGACUACGGCAUGUAUCUGAAGACGUCUACACACCUAGGGUAAUCUCUAUAGGCCCACUGCAUCACGGAAGGGAAGCCUUGAAAGCCAUGGAAGAACACAAAAAGAGGUACUUACAAUAUGUUAUGGGUCGAAGCAAAUUCAGCCUGACGGAUUAUAUAGAAAAAAUAAAGGAUAGAGAACCAAAAUUGCGUAGUUGUUACUCAGAAACCAUUGAUCUUAAAAGUGAUGAAUUAGUAAGAAUCAUUCUAGUGGAUGCCAUCUUCGCCAUUGAGUUCUUAUAUAGAUACUGGUGCCGUGCAUUGCUAGAUGAAAAUGACUGCAUAUUUGGGAAACCAAUGUGGGUAAAUGAUGUAUGGCCUGACCUGGUACGGCUUGAAAAUCAGCUUCCAUUCUUCAUUCUUGAGGACCUAUUCGACCCAGACAUAUUUCCGGUCCCUCUAGAGUACUCUAACAGGCUUAUUGGUGUUGAGAGGCUCUCAAUAUUGUUUCUUUCUUACCAUUUUGUAAAUGAUAUCGCGAAAGAUAUAGGGGGGGUGCUGGAUAAUGUGGAGAUGGUUUAUUCUUCCGAAGAGAUAGACCAUUUUGUUGAUCUCUUAAGAAAGUUAUAUAUAGCCCCUAUCAAUAGAGAGUCUGUAGAAACGAAAAUUUAUACAGUACCUACCAUUGAAGAGCUAAACCGGGCGGGAGUGAAAUUUAAGGCAGGACUAACCAAGAAUUUAUUUGACAUACAGUUUGAUGAUGGAAUUCUGGAAAUUCCAAAAUUCGUAGCACAUGAUGCUACAGAGUUUGUACUAAAAAAUCUAGUUGCUUUUGAGCAAUGCACUGGCUUAGGAAAUUACCUAUCUGAUUAUGUCAUUCUUAUGGAUCAGCUUGUGGACACCUCAAAAGAUGCUGAGUUGCUCGUUAAGUAUAAAAUCAUUGUAAACAUGCUAGGAGGUGGGAAUAAUGAGUUGUCAGAUAUGAUUAACCGCCUGUCAAAUGGGGUUAGCCAACAAAAUGAAUUCUAUUUUGGUACUCUUCUUGUAGACUUGAACAAGUUCUGCAGUUCAACAUGGCACAAAAGGAUGGCAAAUUUGAGACAAAAUUAUUUCAACACCCCUUGGGCAACCAUUUCAUUUUUUGCAGCAGUCCUUCUCCUGAUACUGACUAUGAUUCAAACAAUUUGCUCGAUAAUCUCUCUUACUUGAGCGGUAACAACAAUGCAUGCACCCUGCUUCGGUGUGUCUCAUCCUUUUGUGAUGCAGGGGAUUCAACCCAGAAGCCAAAGAGAAAGACUCAAACUCCACCUUACCUCAAACACUUUGUGCCCAAGUAAAGGAGGAGCAGAUCAUUUGGUAUUGCUGUGUUCCCUGCUAUUGAUGUGUGAUUGAUUUGCACAAUUACCUUACUGAUUAUGUAGUGAUUGCUGAAUAAGUGCAUUUAGUUUUAUUGCUCCUUUAAAUUCAAUGUAAUCUUUGCUUUGUUCCUUUCUUUCCUUAAGGUACGUAGGGCUAAGAGGCUAUUUAAGCCUACCUUUGUAAACCUUUCAGUAUCUAAUCUUUGAGAAAUAUAUAUUCAGAAAACGUAGCAACUUUGCUGCAAGAGUGAGUUCUUGAGUUCUUUCAUUUCUGGUGUUCUGUUGCUCGUGAGUAUAGACCUGUGUCCGGAUUGGUUCCCCAUCAUUUUCCAUCACCGUGGAGGUUUUUUCUUGGUUGGUUUGAAGAAGGAUUAUGUACGAGGAGGAUCAGCUUUUCUCGAAGCAAAUACAGAGAGCGUGCCUUGUCGGUGGAAGUUAUGCACAUGUAGCUAGGGGUGAUAUCAAGUAUUAUCGAGUUGAUUGAAUCCGAGUGCUUGUUUGGUUUGUUAGUUUCUUUAUGAUGUGUG